AUGAUGUACUUGCCAGCAAUCGUCUCAGUAGUAGCCCUAGCUUGGCUAUGCCUUUAUCCAGUCAUACGAUACCACCUCGAUCCGAAGAAACUAAAGACAUUCCCUGCACCUUCUGUGGCUGCAUACACACCGUUAUGGGGCAUGUACUAUACAUGGAAGGGCAAUCAGUGGAAGAUGAUCGAAAAGGCACACGCAAAACUUGGAUCUGCUGUCAGAAUUGCUCCAAACCACAUCUCGUUCACGGACCCAGCCGCAUACAAGGAUAUCUACGGGUUCGGCAACAACAUUCUCAAAGACGAUUUCUACGCUCACAUAGGUGCUGGGAAUCCUUCCAUGGCACAGACAACUGACAAAGCUGCCCACUCCACCAAAAGAAGAUACCUCGCCCAUGUCUUCUCUGCAAAGGAAGUCGUGGCCAUGGAGCCGAGGGUAAUGGAGCUCGUACACAAGCUCUGCGAAAAACUGAGGAUCAAAGCCGACGGCUGCAAAGUAGGACCGGACGACGAAUAUGAAACAGUCAAGGGAGUGGUUGACAUUCAACCAUGGCUGAACAUGUUGACCUAUGAUGCCAUCACCAGUAUGUUCUUCACAAACAGCUAUGGCUUCUUGGAUCGCGGCAAUGACCUAUGUCCGUCACUGGACGACUCUGGCAAAGUUGACAUGGUUCACGGGAUGGAUACGUUCCAUUCAGCAAGUGGUUUCAACACGAUGCUGGCUCCUCUUCCGCUUCCGCUGUAUCGGCUUGGUCGAAAACUGCUCGCCUAUUCUCACGGCUGCCGUGCAGGUUCUUGGUUUCUUGGAAUGUCUCGAUAUCAGGUGACCCACCGACUCGAAAAUGAACCAAGCCAGCCGGACUUGUUUUCAAGAUUUCCUUCCAAGCCCACGGAGAAGAAGCCAAUUCCCAUGCCCGUAUCUGAGAUGAUAGCCGAAUGUGCCACCAUGCUCGAUGCGGGUAAUGAUACAACCCAGACUUCUCUGACGAUGUGUAUCUAUCAUCUCGCCAAGUAUCCACAAGUGCAAAAGAAACUUUUCAGGGAGCUGAGCAAGGAAAUACGCCCCGAAUACGCCACAACCAGGGUUUUACCAUCACAGAUCGUACAAAACGUUCCCUACCUGCGUGCGGUUCUGGACGAAAAUUGGCGAUGUCGACCUCCUGUGACACGAGGUCUGCCGCGACGCACAGUGGCCGGUGGUGCCACCAUUGCCGGUCACUUCAUCCCUGAAGGAACAACUAUCAGUGCUCCGACUUACAAUCUGCAUCACAACCAUGAGUUGUUUCGACAAGCAGACGAAUUCAUCCCAGAGCGGUGGAUUGCCACGGAAUCUUUUGGUGCAGACGAGAUGGAGCGACAGAACUUGAAGGAUUUCGUUAUUCCGUUCAGUCUGGGUCCGCGAGCAUGCAUUGGCCGAAAUUUGGCGUAUAUGGAAAUAUCAAUCACUAUUGCGGCCUUGGUUCUCAACUUUGAAUUCGAACUGGCGGAUGAACACCAGGAGAUUGAAACUAUUGAGCGAUUCAAUUGUAACCCUGCGGGGUUGAUACUGAAGAUUAGUCCAAGGUAG